AGCAUCAUGCCUGAACCAGCCAAGUCUGCGCCCAAGAAGGGCUCGAAGAAAGCCGUCACCAAGACGGCCGGCAAGGGUGGUAAGAAACGCAGAAAGUCCAGGAAGGAGAGCUACGCGAUCUACGUGUACAAGGUGUUGAAACAAGUGCAUCCUGACACCGGCAUCUCUUCAAAGGCUAUGGGCAUCAUGAAUUCUUUCGUCAACGAUAUCUUCGAGCGCAUCGCCGGUGAGUCGUCUCGUUUGGCUCACUACAACAAGCGCUCCACCAUCACCUCCAGGGAGAUCCAGACUGCCGUGCGCCUGCUCUUGCCCGGUGAGCUGGCCAAACACGCCGUGUCCGAGGGCACCAAGGCUGUCACCAAGUACACCAGCUCCAAGUAAAACGACGUGGUGACACGUCCAACCCAAAGGCUCUUUUCAGAGCCACCCACUGUUUCGGAUAAAAGGCGAAA